AAAUGGUCAAUGAGGGCACAGGAAACACCUCACUGCCUACGACAGCCACUGUACGUGCGGUACCGGGGCCACCCGCUGGGGGAGUCGCGGUCGCCGCUUGUGGGGAAGCUGCUGGCACUGGUGUUCGGACUGCUGUUUCUGGGACUGGCUUUCAUGGCGCAGUUCCUCGGUGGCGUGCUGCAGGCCAGCCUCACGAUAUUCGGCGCCGUCGGCGGACCCGUGCUCGGCUUCUUCUCGCUCGGCAUGUUCCUGCCCCACGCCAACGAGCCGCUGUGGGUCGUCGUGCUGGGAGUCCUGCUGACACUCAUCGUGGGCGCCGUCGCAUCGUGUGUGGCGGGCGUCACCUGCGAGGGGGACCGCAGCGUGCCGCCGCCAAACCCCGACCUCUUCGUGCCGCCAGUCCGGAGGGCACUGCUCGCGAGGAGAGGGCGCAGGUGCUCCAACUCGCUGCAGCUGACACGUGUGGCCGGUGACCUGUCCAAUGGUGUGGGACCAGCUGCAGACACCAAGACCCAAGAGGAGCUGCUCAAUGGCAUAGAUGGCCACCACGUCGCCCCAGUGUGAUGUCGACAGAGUACAGUGGGGACUGCUGUGAGCUGAAAGGUGCUGAUCUGUGGGUUCCCAGCCUGAGACAUUCCAGCCUUCUCUACAGAGGCUGCAACAACUUGGUCCAUUUAUUUUCUAGUUUUGUAAAAAAGGAAAAAAUUAUAAACACUCAGUAUUCCUCAGUUUGUAAUAGCUGUGCUUUUUAUUCUCAGUUCUCUUCUGUUCAGCUGAAUUGCUGCAAAUAAUGAAGCACUGCAAAAUCAGUUUUAUAGGUGCAUGAAGCUUCGACAGAAGCAGCCAAAGAGAGUGGGAGAGAUUAUAUGAGGCAGAAAAAUGUUGCUAAAGUUAACUGGUGAUGCAAUACUGUGCAGUGUAGAAACUUUCACAAAUGUAACAUUUCAGUGGACUAAUUAAAUAUGGGCAAUUGCUUACCUGGUAAACUGUGAGCAAAAGUAUGACAAUAAUUAUUACAAUAUUGGAAAAAGUUCUGACCAGGAAAUCAAUAAUCGUGUGAUGAAGAACAAUACUACAGAAGGGAGGAGGCAUUGGAUGGUGUAAAGAUGGCUGAAUAAUAUUGUUGAAUGGCAUAGAAAAGAUGCCUCCAAAAUAAAACUAGUUGCCUAUAAAAGGUCACAGAUACAAACCAAUCAAAAAAUUUGCACAUGUACGUUUUCCAUCAUAUUUGCUGCACUGUAAUUAUUUUUCUAGAGCACGUUGCACUUUAGAAGAAUCUGUCUUGUCUUGUGUGUAUGGGUUCCUUGCCAAAGUAAAUUUUUUUAAGGUUAAAACCAUUUUG